UUCUUUAUUGAUUAACUUCAUUGAAAAAAUAAAACAGUGUAAAGGAUAAAUUUUCUUUCUGAUAUCCAAGUUUUAUAGUUGUUUUUAUAAACACAAGAUGUAUUUCCAAUUCAAGUUUUCCAACCUGCUAGGCACCAUAUACCGCAAAGGUGACAUUAUCUUCAGCAAGGAUGGCUACUCAGUGUAUGUGCCUGUUGGCAAUAAAAUCACACAGUAUGACUUGCGAAAUGAUCGAGCAUCCACCCUUCCCGUUGAAGUUGGUGGAAACUUCACAUCAUUGGCACUAUCUCCAAAUGGCCUCAUUCUAAUUGGAGCAACAGAUUUGGGACAUCUCCAUAUGAUCAGUGUGAUGCGACGUCGCUUACUCUACACCAAAGCUUGCCGUGGACACAUCAGAGCUGUGUCCUUCAGUCCUGAUGGCAAAUACUUGGCUGUGGCUCACUCAUCUACUGUUCACAUGUAUCGAUGUCAUGGAAUGGAACGUCAAGUAUUUAAUCCAUUUGAGACUGAAAAAGUUUGUCCUGCUGCAACCAGUGAUGUUACCUGCUUAAGCUGGUCUUUUGACUCCAGAUUGUUGGUAUUUGGCAGCAAAGACUCGGUGACGAGAGUGGUGCCUGUAAAGCUCAUGGACAUAGGACGACAGGUGGUGGAGCUGAGCUCUGGCAGCUACCCUAUCAGAGGAGUUCACUUCAUUAACAACUCGUAUGGAAUUUAUGUGAUCACCAAAAGUGGUAACAUUCUUCGCUACAAGUGCAAUCUUAAUCCUGAUGAGCUUCAUGAGAAAGUUUUAAAAUCAAGAGAAGAUGAAAGGAAACGUCUUAAAGAAAUGCUACAAGCAGAACACUGCGAGGAUUACGAAACUUGGAAGAAAGAACAUCCUGUUGAAAAUACUUGGCUGGACUUCCACUGUGAUUACCGGCGUUCUAUUGUCACACUCCUGCACCUGGAGGCGCCUCAGGCAGGCUCGGCUCCUGACACGACCUCAGCAGCACUCCUCGCCCUCAGCAAUGAUGACGAAAAUAAGACCGCGCGUCGUGCCACGGCAGGCGUCACGGCGACCUGCUACCACGGCUUGUCUAAGCUGCUGGUGGUUGCCUGCGACACCGGUGACUUUGCUGUCAUGGACACCAGCGACGACUGCUCCGUGCUACACUCACUUAAUGUCUCCAGCCAAGUGAUCAGCAGCGUGGCGCUGAACCUCACAGCGGACUGGCUGGCCCUCGGUGUAGCAGACGCUGGGCAGCUGCUGGUGUGGGAGCUGCGCAGUGAAACUUAUAAACUCAAGCAGCAGGGACAUCGCAAGAGCAUGAGUGUCGUCGCCUACAGUCCUGAUGGCUCUCGUCUUGCUAGCGGAGGAGAAGACUGCAUGGUAAAGUUAUGGUGCACCACGUCUUCCUUUUGCUUCGUGACGUUCAGUGAGCACACCGCCCCCAUCACUGGUAUCGCCUUCACACAGUCUGGUGCAGCUGUGCUGUCCUCCUCAGAAGAUGGCACGGUGCGGGCGUUUGAUCUGACGAGAUAUCGAAACUUCAAGACGCUCACGUCACCGAGAGCAACGCAGUUCACGUGCCUUGCUGUCGACUCGUCUGGUGAACUCGUGGCGGCUGGUGGCAAAGACUCUCAUCAGAUCUACAUCUGGUCAUUAAAACUGGGAUCCUUGCUGGAGGUGCUGAGUGGCCAUAAAGGCCCCGUGACGAGCGUCUGCUUCUCAGCGGUGACAGGGAGCAGCUUCCUGGCGUCGACGGCGCUCGACGGCUCCCUCAAGCUCUGGGACAGCAUCAACACCUCCUCGGCCAGGGAGACCAUCGACCUCCAUUCUGAUGGAGUGUGCGUGCAGCUACGUCCAGACGGGGAGCAGGUGUGCGUGAGCACCAUGGACGGCCAGCUGAACAUGUUCAACACGAACACCGCCGCGCACGAGGGCUGCAUCGAGGGUCGCCGGGACCUGGGUCUCGCCAGGAAAGACCAUGACAAGAUCACAGCCGAGAAGACGCAGCUUGCAAAGUAUUUUCGCGUAUUUUGUUAUUCUAGUGACGGUCUUCAGCUCAUAGCUGGAGGUGAGAGCAAAUUCGUGUGUGUGUACAGCGCCGCUCAGCAGCUCCUUCUCAAGAAGUUCAGAAUCACAAAGAAUCGCACCUUUGAUGGAGCUCUGGGGGUGUACGACAGAUUUAGCACAGCUUACAACGGCAUCAACUUGCGCACCGUGGAGCGCCGGCCAGACCGCUCAGAGGUGACUGCUGAUCGCGGCAUCAAGCUGCCCGGCGUUGCCAAGGGCGACAAGUCCCUCAGGGCCUUCAGAGCUGAGGUCCUCGUCACUGGACUUGCCUUCGCACCCACUGGUCGUAGUUUUGUGGUGUGUUGCACAGAGGGGCUCCUCAUAUACUCGCAGGACACAGACUGGCUCUUUGACCCCGUCAGUCUAGACGUGGACAACACACCUACCGCUGUCAGAAGGAAACUGCAGCGUCAGGAGUGGGGCAUGGCGCUGAUGAUGGCCAUCAAGCUGAACAUCAGCUCAAUAAAGCAAGAGGUGCUCGAGUCCAUCCCUGUUGAUGCAAUGAACGUGGUGUUGACGGGCCUAGCUCCACUAUACGUAGAAGGUCUCCUCCUGUACCUCGCCCAGGGUCUGGAGAGCACCAGGCAUGUGGGGCUGUACGCGCGGUGGACGCGACAGGUGCUCUAUCUUCACGGCCGCUCUCUUAAGCCAAGAGCCCCGCAGCUCAUGUCUGCCAUCAACGCUCUGCAGAGAGCCCUCAACUACCACCACACUUCCCUCAGUAAACUGUGCGCGGCUAACGAGUACACAUUAUCGUACUUGAGACAACAAGGAGCCGUCCUCGAGCACAGAAGUCGCCAGAACGCAUGUAAACAGGAGGAAAAACCGCCGAAUAGCGUGAGCGAUGAAACUGAGGAACCGAUGGACGAAGACCCCAGUGAAGAAGAAGGCAGUGAAUCUCUAUCUGAAGAUGAUCAGUUGCUCUCCGAAUUCGAGUCUGAUUCUAGCUCUGAGAUCGCUGAAAUCGUGGAGUAAAAGAAUUCUCAUG